AUGGGACAAGUGAAGACAUAUGGAAUUUGCUCCAAUGUGGGACAUCCUACCGAUAUGUGUCCUACCCUUCAAGAGCCAAAUUCAGAACAAGCAAAUGCCAUGGGAGGAUACCAAGGACAAAAAAGACAGAGGUAUGAUCCAUUUUCCAAUACUUAUAACUCGGGAUGGAUGGAUCAUCCUAAUCUUAGCUAUGGAGGAAAUCAACAAGCUGCUAUCCCUAACAAUCCACCCGGUUUCCCUUACCUGCGAGCUCCACAACCAUACCAAGCAAGACCCCAAAAUGUCUCCCAAGGUAAGUCUUUUGAGGACUUGGUAAACUCAUUAGCAACUAGCUCUCUUCAAUUUCAGCAAGAGAAUCUCAAGUUCCAACAAGAAGUGAAAAUGGCAAUCCAAGAUACAAAAAUGUCAAUCAAGAAUUUGGAAAGCCAAGUUAGUCAGUUGGCUACUACCGUUGGAAGAUUAGAGGCGCAAGGGUCCAGAAAGCUUCCUUCUCAAUCUUUGGUUAACCCUAGGGAGAAUGUUAGUGCCAUUACUUUGAGAAGUGGAAGACAACUUGAGGGGACUCACAAGAAGCCAAAUGAUGAAAAAGAAGUUGGAGAUGAGUUGAUUCAAGGUGGAAAAAAGCAAAGGUUUGCCACAUCAACGAAGGAGGAACAUGAGCAAGAAAUUCUAGAAACUUUUAGAAAAGUACACGUCAACAUUCCUUUGUUGGAUGCAAUAAAGCAAGUAUCGUGUUAUGCGAAAUUUCUUAAAGAGUUAUGCACCAGUAAGCGAAAACUUAAGGGAAACGAGGUGGUGAGCGUAGGAGAAAAUGUCUCAAUAGUUUUGCAAAGGAAGCUUCCACCAAAGUGCAAAGAUCCGGGUAGUUUCACCAUACCAUUCAUUAUGAGCAGCAUAAGUUUUGAAAAAGCAAUGUUAGACCUAGGUGCUUCUAUUAAUGUCAUGCCUUACUCAAUUUAUCUAGAUCUAAAUCUUGGUGCUCUUAAAGAGACCAACAUAGUUAUUCAACUUGCUGAUCGAUCUAAGGCCUAUCCAAAGGGAGUUUUGGAAGAUGUUUUGGUGCAGGUAAACGAGCUUAUUUUUCCAGUGGAUUUCUACGUGCUUGAAAUGAAAGAUGUAACAACCAUGAAAACCAUGCCAUUGCUUUUGGGUAGACCAUUCAUGAAGACAGCCUGUACGAAAAUUGAUGUAUAUAAUGGGACAUUGACAAUGGAGUUCGAUGGGGAAAUUAUUUGA